AUGGACAUUGAGAAGGUCAACUCCAUGGACUUUGGAGAAUUUGUGGAUGUGUUUGGGAGUGUCAUCGAGAGACAUCCUCUGAUUGCAGCCGCCGUUCGGUCCCAGCGCCCGUUCUCUGACUUGGAAGAUUUAGAGCAGCACUUUUUUGCCUUUACUGAUGCUCUUCCACAGUCAGGCCAGGAGGGCGUCCUGCGCUGCCGCCCGGACCUGGCGGGCCGCGAGCUGCAGCGGGGCGAGCUCAGCGCCGAGUCGCAGCGGGAGCAGAGCGCCGCGGGCUUCACGAGCCUGGGCGCGGCCGAGCGGCUCUGGCUGGCCGAGCUCAACGCGCAGUACCGCGCGCGCUCCGGCUUCCCGUGUGCGCUCGCCGCGCGCCUCAGCGACCGGGCGGCGGUGCCCCGCGAGCGGGCGCGCCGGCUGCAGCGCCCACGGGCGCAGGAGCUGAACACCGCACUGGGCGAGGCGAAGAAGGUCGGCCGCCGGCGUCUCGCCGACCCCUCCUCGGGGGCCACGCCGCCGAGCCGUAGCGGCCGCGCCGGCCAGCGACCCGGGACGCACGUCGUGACGCGCAAGGGCCGCGGGCGCGCGCGCUGCGCUUGGAACAGCGUCCACACCCGCGCACAAAGGAGCUGGGGCAGAAGGAAGAGUGCCUCUUCCAAAGCCCCGAGCGCUCGCAGCCGCGCGGGCGGGAGGGCGCGGGACGCAGACGUGGGCGCCGGCGGGGAAGACCCCGGCAAAAGCCCCCGGGGGCUGCUGCUUUCUUCUCGUGACUCGUCCUGGGCUUGUGCCGGCCUCGGAGACGUCUUCUGGUUCCCGCGCUCCGGUGCGCAGGACGCGGGAGACAGACCCCGACGAGCGGGGACCGCGACCGCGGACUCGGACCUCAGCGUGCGCGCCAGCCUGGGCGGCGGGGUGGCCCGGAGCGCGCCGAGAGAUGUCGGGGGAGGGGGCGCAGAAGCGGUGGUGUGGAUUCCAGGGUGA